ACGCGUAUCUCCAGGUGUGUGAUAAAGCGUAAGGAGGGACAGGGGGGCUGGAAUCAUGAGAUCAGAAAACCAGCAGCCAGUCGUAAGGAAUCAACAAGUCGAUCCGGUCUACUGAGUUGUUGUUUAAUCAUUUCAAAUAAGUUGAGAUGAUGUCUGAGGCACGCUUCGUGCUGAGUUUUGCCAUAAUUUUCGGACUCGUUGCCGUCGACGUGAGCCACGUUGUUCCCGUGAAGAAUCCAACGAACUUGAACCAGACGGAGGAACCGACGGUGAAUCCCGAAGACUUGGCGGAGCCAACCACAGACUGGAUGUCGACGUUACAGACAACGACGAUCGAACCGGCGAAUAUUUAUCCGUCGACACUUUUGCCUAAUAAAAUGUCCAGCCAUUCGUCCGAGGUUGCUGGCUACUCCUUGCCCUCUCAGGGCAAAUUAGCAUGUCCGGAUAAUAUGGUACGAUCAUCCACCGAUGGUACAUGCAGAGAAAGUGAUUAAUGGUUUGUGUUCGAUGUGACAACGAGCGAUCGCGGUUUGGUAUUCUCUUGAUAUGACACCGAGGACGUCCACAGUGCAACGUCAUCCAAGAAAGAGUAUUAUUUUUAUCCUACCCUGUCCUUCUCUGUGAAUUAGCAGUAAACCAUACCUAAUAAGGAGUACAAAAAUUUUGUUGGUGGUAUAUAAACAAAAUGACUUGAAAUAAAAUGACUUGUUGCGAA